AUGUCUAAGGCGGCACUUCAGAGGAAACAGAGAAAGACAAAGACGGAACAGGAGUUGCAGGGCGAGCUCGAUGAAUUCACAGAGGUGAAGAGCCAACUCCAUGACCUGAAAAUUAGACACAAGGAUGCGCAGCGCAAAGUCCAUGAACUGGAAUGUACAAACUACGACACGCAGGGCAAAAUCCGUAAACUGGAAGCUACAAACAACGACGCGCAGAGCAAAAUAAGUGAACUGGAAGCUUCAAACAAGGACGCGCAGAGCAAAAUCUGUGACCUGGAAGCUACAAACAAGGACACGCAGCGCGAAAUCCGGGCCAUGAAAGGUACAUACAAGGCCGCGCAGAGCAAAAUCUGUGACCUGGAAACUACAAACCACGACGCGCACCGCAAAAUCCGUGAACUGCAAUUUACAAACAAGGACGCGCAGCGCAAAAUCCGGGACAUGAAAGGUACAUACAAGGACGCGCAGCGCAAAGUUCACGAGACUGAGGAAGAAGCUAAAGGUAUGCAAAAAUUGUUUGAAGAAGUCAAGCAAAAAAACGAAAUGCUUAAAGAACAAGAAGCUAAACACACAAUGGUGCAGUGGAAACUCAGUGACCUGGAACUGACACACAGAGACAUGAAGCGCAAACUUCAGGACAAAGUCAAAGAAAAGGCAGAUUUGCUAGACAAGUUUAAUGAAGAACAGCUAAAACAUGAAGCAGCGCUUAAAAAAAAGGAAGAAGAGAAAAAUCUAGAGAUAGCUGGUUGGCGGGGAGGGCAACAUUUGAUGGAACUGUCAAUCAGAGGGCUGUACGAGCGAAUUCGGAAGGAUGAGGAAAUGAAUAGAUGCUUGCAAAAGAAAUUGAAUGAAGCCCUGCAAACAAAUGAAAAAAUGCUUAAAGAGAAGAAAGAAGAGGAAGAUAAAUACAAGGAGUUGCAGAGCGAGCUCCGUGACCUGGAAGUGAAACUUCAGGACGCAGAGAAAGAAAAUGAAGAAAUGCAUAAAGAAAAGAAAGAACAGGAAGAUAAACACAAGGAGUUGCAGAGCGAGCUCCGUGACCUGGAAGUCAAACUUCAGGACACAGUGAAAGAAAAGAAAGAUAAACACAAGGAGUUGCAGAGCGAGCUCCGUGACCUGGAAGUCAAACUUCAGUAUACAGAGAAAGAAAAGGAAGCAAUGCGUAAAGAAAAGAAAGAACAGGAAGAUAAACACAAGGAGUUGCAGAGCGAGCUCCGUGACCUGGAAGUCAAACUUCAGUAUACAGAGAAAGAAAAGGAAGCAAUGCGUAAAGAAAAGAAAGAACAGGAAGAUAAAUACAAGGAGUUGGAAGCGACACACGGAGAUGUGCAGAGCAAACUCCAUGACCUGGAAGCGAAACUUCAGUAUACAGAGAAAGAAAAGGAAGCAAUGCGUAAAGAAAAGAAAGAACAGGAAGAUAAAUACAAGGAGUUGGAAGCGACACACGGAGAUGUGCAGAGCAAACUCCAUGACCUAGAAGCGAAACUUCAGGAUACAGAGAAAGAAAAGGAAGCAAUGCGUAAAGAAAAGAAAGAACAGGAAGAUAAAUACAAGGAGGUGCAGAAAAAGCUCAAUGACCUGGAAGCGACACACAGAGAUGUGCAGAGCAAACUCCAUGACCUAGAAGCGAAACUUCAGGACACAGAGAAAGAAAAUGAAGAAAUGCGUAAAGAAAAGAAAGAACAGGAAGAUAAACACAAGGAGUUGCAGAGCGACCUCCGUGACCUAGAAGCGAAACUUCAGGACACAGAGAAAGAAAAGGAAGAAAUGCGUAAAGAAAAGAAAGAACGGGAAGAUAAAUACAAGGAGGUGCAGACCAAGCUCAAUGACCUGGAAGCGACACACGGAGAUGUGCAGCGCAAACGUCAGGAUACAGAGAAAGAAAAUGAAAAAAUGUGUAAAGAGAAGAUAAAACAGGAAGAUAAACACAAGUGGGUGGAGGGUGAGCUCCAUAAACUGAAAGUAAAAUUUCAGGACAUGAAGAAAGAAAAUGAAGAAAUGUGUAAAGAGAAGAAAAAACAGGAAGAUAAACACAAGCGGGUGGAGGGUGAGCUCAAUAAACUGAAAGUAAAAUUUCAGGACAUGAAGAAAGAAAAUGAAGGCUUGGGAGCGAAGCUUGAUGAAGCCCUGCAAAAAAAUCAAAAAAUGUGUAAAGAGAAGAAAGAACAGGAAGCUAAACACAAGCGGGUGGAGGGUGAGCUCCAUAAACUGAAAGUAAAAUUUCAGGACAUGAAGAAAGAAAAUGAAGGCUUGGCAGCGAAGCUUGAUGAAGCCCUGCAAAAAAAUGAAGAAAUGUGUAAAGAGAAGAAAGAACAGGAAGAUAAACACAAGCGGGUGGAGGGUGAGCUCCAUAAACUGAAAGUAAAACUUCAGGACGCAGAGAAAGAAAAUGAAGGCUUGGGAGCGAAGCUUGAUGAAGCCCUGCAAAAAAAUGAAAAAAUGCUUAAAGAAAAGAACGAACAGGAAGCUAAACACAAGGAGGUGCAGACCAAGCUCCAUGACCUGGAAGCAACAAACAGAGAUGUGCAGCGCAAACUUCAAGACACAGAGAAAGAAAAUGAAGGUUUGCGAGUGAAGCUUGAUGAAGUGGAGAGAGAGAUGCACUGGAAAAUCACAGAAAUGAUGAGAGAAAAUUUAGAACAGCAAAACAAAAUUCAGUACACAAACACUGAAAUGGAAAAGAAACUGCAACAAAAACUUCAAAGCAUUAGGGACAUCAGUGAUAAGGAACUUAAAAAACUGAAAAAGGAAAAUAAAAAACUGAAAGAAAAGCAUGCAGAAAUGCAGAAAGAAUUAGAAGAAUGUGAGAAAAAGUGCAAGAACCUUGAGAAGAAGAAUGCAGAAAAUAUGAGUGAACUGGAAAACCUUAGAUUAGAGAACGAGGAUCUGCAAGAACGUUGCCAGAAAAAGAAAAAGAAGCCCUUCUGGUUUUUCUGGAAUAAAUCUACUGAUUCUUCAGCGUGGCGCAGACAAAAUCGUGUUCACCCGUUAUAACUCUGCUGCUUCUUCAGGGCUACCUGCGCAAAACUAGCCUCAUCUUCCUCCAUCCUCUUCAUCCCUUUCUUCUUCCUCCCCUCCCUCUUCUGUCUCCCUUCUUUUCUGUUCCUUUCAAACCCCCAAACCGGUUUCGACAGAUGACUGCCCGUCCCUGAGCCUGGUUCUGUCGGAGGUUUCUUCCUGUCUACAGGGAGUUUUUCCUCCCCACUGUUGCCUUGUGCUUGCUCAUCGGGGAAUGUUGGGGGUUUCUCUUCUCUCUCCCUCUUUUCCUUACCCUAUCAUCCCCAACCUGUUUAUUCAUCUUUGAGAAUACAGGCUAAGGAGGUAGGGUAAUAAUAAUAAUAAUAUUACAUGUAAUAUUAUAUAUAUAUAAUAAUAAAGGCAAU